CACUGUGCGUCAAUGAUAAUUAAGCUAUUCUAUGUUCAACCAAUAUGAAUUAUGCGAUAGAGCAUGAGAGCACUUAAUCAUAAAUAAGGUACAAAUUUACAUUCUAACAUCAUAAAGCAACAUAAUUCUAAUUAAUUAGUUACACCGUACCUGUUGUUAAUAGUACUUUUGUUUAAGAAAUUGGCACAUAGCGCACUUGGCAAUUGAAAAAAUGUCAAAUCAGAAUAUUGAUAAUCACCCACUGCAUUAUUCUAUUUUCAGGCUGAAAUAGAAAUAUUUGGUUGGUGAUGGAGAGCCUCCUUUGAGGCACAUUUAUGUUAUUUUCACACCCACACACACCAUGCGUUUUUAAAGAAGUAUCUUUUUAUGCAAAUUUAUAUUGUUGAACUAAAAGUUUCUCCUUUGUCCUUCUCAUGGCAAAGUGAACAAACAUUCUUUGCACCCAAAGAAAUCAAGCACAAGGCUCUUUGUUUCGUGAUAUAUUUAAAGGCUUUCUCUUGCUCUAUUUGUAAUAGGAUAUACAAUUCUAUAAGGUUUUGUAGUCAUGGAUCUUUGUUGCUGGAAAUUUCUUGGCUUCGUUCUUGCAGGAAUUUUCCUGUUUCAGGGCUUCUCUUAUUCAGAGAAAGCUCCUUAUUACACAUUUGUCCAUGAAGCAACCUCGUCGCCGCAAAUCCGGUAUUAUGACUACAUAAUAAUCGGUGGAGGAACCGCAGGCUGUCCAUUAGCGGCAACUCUCUCUAUAAAUGCUACCGUUUUACUCCUUGAAAGAGGAGGCUCUCCUUAUGGCAACUCUAACAUAACUAACAUAGGCAACUUCAUUGCCUCUCUUUCCGACACGUCUCCAAAUGCUCCUUCCCAACUCUUCAUCUCCGAAGAUGGAGUGUACAACACCCGUGCGCGUGUUCUAGGCGGCGGAAGCUCUCUCAACGCCGGAUUUUACACGCAUGCUAGUGCGGAUUAUGUGAAGGAAGCAGGGUGGAAUGAAAGAUUGGCUAAUGCAUCUUAUAAAUGGGUUGAGACCAAAGUAGCCUUUCAGCCACCAACGCUGCAAUGGCAAUCAGCUGUCAGGGAUGGGUUACUAGAAGCAGGUGUAUUCCCUUACAAUGGGUUUACGUAUGAUCAUAUUCAUGGAACUAAAAUUGGAGGAUCAAUUUUUGAUGGGGAUGGUCAUAGGCACACUGCUGCUGAUCUUCUGGAGUAUGCUGACCCAAAAAACCUUGUAGUUUAUUUACAUGCUACUGCAUUGAAAGUCUUGUUCACUGGAAGAAAAGGGAGACGACCAUGGGCAAAGCCAAAAGCAUAUGGGGUGAGAUUUCAAGAUGCAAGGGGAUUCAGGCGCACGGCGUUCCUGAAUAAGAACUGCAAGAGUGAGGUAAUAUUAUCUGCUGGUGCAAUUGGAAGCCCACAACUGCUAAUGCUGAGUGGAAUUGGGCCUGCCAAACAUCUUCGGGCUCAUCGCAUCCGUGUAGUGUUGGACCAGCCCAUGGUGGGUCAAGGCAUGGCCGAUAACCCAAUGAAUCUUCUGUUUGUUCCUUCUCCUCUACCAGUUGAAGUCUCACUAAUUCAAGUUGUGGGCAUAACUCAAUUUGGUAGCUUUAUUGAGACAGCUAGUGGUUUAACCUUCUCUUACAAUUGGGCUCAAAGAUAUGUCAAGGACUAUGAGCAAUCUUUAAAUCAGACAGGCCAACAGACCAUACUGACCCCAGAGGCGAUGGCUAGGGCUUUUGAGACAGUAAAUUCCUUAGUGAACUCAACACUAAAAGGUGGAAUUAUUCUAGAAAAGAUAACGGGUCCGCUCUCCAGAGGGGAGCUCAAGCUAAGAACAACAAAUCCAGACGAGAACCCAUCAGUAAAAUUCAACUAUUUCAAAGAACCAGAAGAUCUAAUGAGGUGUGUUAAAGGAAUGGAAACAAUUAUCAAAGUAAUAAACUCAAAAGCCUUUAAGAGAUUUCGGUACAAUCAUGUGCCAGUACAAGCCCUGUUUAGUUUGAUGGCAAAUUUACCUGUGAACUUGAGACCAAGACAUGCAACUACAGCAGCUUCAUUGGAACGAUUUUGCAUAGACACUGUAAUGACUAUAUGGCAUUAUCAUGGAGGAUGUCAAGUAGGGCAGGUUCUUGAUCAUAAUUAUAGGGUUCGUGGUGUUGAUGGAUUAAGGGUUAUUGAUGGCUCCACUUUUCUUCGCUCGCCGGGCACUAAUCCUCAAGCUACUGUUAUGAUGCUUGGAAGGUAUAUGGGGAUGAGAAUUCUGCAUGACAGACUUCCUAAGAAGAGAAGUAAAUGAUGAUAAUUGUAAAUGUGACUUUUAAAAUUUUUGUAUACUAUCAGAAUACAAGUGAACUUCAGCAGUUCAAGUUUUGGGUAACUGAAUGCUUUAAUUUCCUUUCCAAUUGGUAGAGAAUGAGAGAAAUGUAAAAAUCAAUUAGUAGUUAUUCUUUCAUAACUUUUUAAUUUUGGAAAUACCGAAAGACCAAAAGUGGAAGUCAAAGAAAAGAGAAGAAGAAGAAGAAUAUGCCUCUCUAAGGUCGUAUAUUACUCAGGAAAAGAAAAACAUGACGGAGAGCAGAGCAUCGCCUUUCCUAUCAGCUAUUCUUUUAACUCUUUUGGCCUCCAAAGAACGGACAAGAUGAGAUAACAGAAUCUGUCCUGCAUAUAAAAACAGAGCUUUGAACAUAUUAUUCUGAGCCAUAAAACACCUUCAAAGUUUUUAGCAUUGUUCAAGGCAUAUUUAUGAUACUAAACAACAUAAGAAUUAUUUUAA